AUGGCUACUCCACUGGAUCAACAGUUUAGAGUAGAGAAAAAAGGUGUAACGGAGAAACGUAUUCCUGUUUUGGACGCAUCAGGGAUGGAGCAACAUUGUUUCGUCACAUACGUUCCAUUAUCGCCGGAUAUUCAUGAUGAAGCAGCUAUUGAGCAGUGGAUUGAACGAAUGACUUUCAUCUGUGAAGAUUUAACAUGGUUAUUGCAACAAAGCCAUGCAAAAUUCUGGUGUGAAGUCGCAUUCAACAAAGACUUUCAUUCUAUGUUCGAUUCCUAUCUACGCUAUGCACUACGUCCGCAGCGAACUGUGAUUAAUGAAACCUAUUCAUUUGUUCCAAAUAGUAAACAAUUAGAAGAGCAAGUCUCACGGUUGAUGUUUAUGUGCAUUCUGCGCCUUUCAACUCAUAAAGAAUCAGCUGAAAGCUUCUUCACACCACAAGGAUUCGGAAAGACCAUUUAUGAUAACUAUAUCUUCGAUAUUCCACGUAUAUUUGAUAUAUGUUCGCUGUAUGCGAUCAACAAUAAAGAGUUAUUGAGUAAAAUGAUUGGGAAUAUCUUUAAGCAACAGGAUACGUAUCACAAUGAUCUUAAAAACGCCAUUAGAGCCAUUACAGAGGUUAUAACAACUCGAAUUCAACAGUUCAAUACCCAAACUGGUCCGAAGAAACUCACUGCUACCACAACAAAAUCGUCCAGUAUAGUCGAUAUUAUCGACUUUCUCUACUAUAUUCUUGAUUUGAGUUGUACGAUCAACCGUUUAUUUACUGUCUAUCCACCAGCUCGAUUGAUAUUUUUCCAUGAAAAUUUUCAUCUAACAUUAAUCGAGUUAUUCGAAACAUUUCUACGCAUCUAUGAGCGCACUCAACAAUCGGAUCAUCUCGAAAAGAAUCAAGACAUAUUGGAAGAAGCCAAAUAUGAAACGAUUUUUCUCUUUAAUGAUCUCCUUGCAUCGUGUUGUGUCGACCCAUUACUUGUAAAUGAAAACAAAUCGGAUAAUGUCGAAUCGCUAAUAAAUAUUUUUUCAUUAUUAAUCACAAAAAAGCGAUUUCUUGCUGCGUAUGAAGACUAUUUUAACCUUCGUGAAUUGAUCGAAAUCGUUCAUCAAGCCACAGGUCUUUUAGAUGAUCAACAAGCGAAAUUUUAUACUGAUGGUGUUAAACAAGCUAUCGAACUUUAUGGAACUCCAUCGUGUAAACGAAAAUUACUCGCUCCUACAGCGAACACGUCGUCUAUAAGAAAAUCCAACGAUCCAAAUAUGAAAAAUACAUUCAGGCAAGUUUCAUAG